AUGCUACCGACGACGACGACCACCACCGAUGAACGCCAGUUGCAGCGGAGUGCGGCCGCUGUCGUCAUGGUCGCCGGCGAGCUCGCCAUCCGGACGUGGUUGUUGAGAUCGAAGUGGCCGAUGAUGGUGGCGCUAAUUGCAAUCCCAUCCUGGCAAACAAAUGUUGGACUCAUCAGCUCCAUUUUGCCUGGCUUUCUCACACUCUUCCAAGAACUUACCGAAUGCGCCCUUCACUCGGCUCCACCAGACACCGUCAUGCUCUCGACUAGUUUUCUUGGGAAAACGUCCUUCAUGUGGUCCCCACAUAAAACUGCAGCCAGCUGGACGAGCUCCUCUUGGAAAUCGCUUAGUUUUGCUUCGUCUUUAGCCUCGGCCUCACGUAGUUUGACUGGCUCUGGUAGGAUUUCUGUGCUUAAUCAUGUCGAUAUUAAGAAUGCUCAAAUUCAGAUGUUGGAUAUGGUCCUGAAGGCCCAUAAGCAGUAA